AUGUGCCCGUCAGGCAGGACUCUCGUGGCGGCGACGACGGAAUUGAAAUCAGCGUUCGACGUUCUGGACGCCGACCGGGACGGCAAGAUCGGCAGCGACGACCUCCGCCGGUUCUACGCCGGAUUCUCGAACGCCGGCGAGGAGGAGGACACGAUCAUAGGGACGAUGAUAUCCCUGGCCGAUUCCAACAAGGACGGGUUCGUGGAGUUCGAGGAAUUCGAGCGGGUCGUCGGAGGGAAUGAUUGCAAGGACAAGAAUUCGCCAUCCGCCGGGGGAGUGAUGGCGGAGGUGUUCAAGGCGAUGGACAAGGACGGGGACGGGAAGUUGAGCCACGGCGAUUUGAAGAGUUACAUGCACUCCGCUGGGUUUGAAGCCAGCGACGACGACAUCAGGGCGAUGAUCAGGCUCGCCGGCGGGGGAGAGGAGAACGACGCCGUUUCGUAUGAGGAUCUGCUUAGGAUUCUGAAUGUCAAUUCCUCCUCCCCCCACUGGUAA